CCUGUCUGAUGGCUGAUAUCAUUGGUUUUUGUUGGUGACGUACGUGUACAUCUAAUGGCGGUUUAAUUAUAUAAGUGUAUAAAGAUAUAUAUACAUGUAGGUGGAGAGUGGAGGUAAAUAUACCGAUAGGUAGAAGUAGAAGAUUGAAAAUGUAUUUCCAAGCUUUACUUGGCAACGAGUCUCCGCCAUCAUAGUGUCAUUUUUUAUUAUCAUUAAUAAAUAAUAAUUGAUGAAGACAAGGUUUUAAUUUUUAUUCAUGACGUCUAUCAGUAUUGAUGAAGAAAGAAAAACCAAUUGAAAAAUGACAAAUACUUCUGGGUACGGAAGUGAUAACAAAACGUUAUCAGAAACGAGUCUAAGACUUACUGAGAAAUUUAUAGUUAUGGUUGAGACUGAUUACAGUAACUAUUGAAGUCUAGUCGAUUAAUGAGCUGGUGAUUGUUGUAUUUUGUUGGUAAUUUUGUUAUAAAUUAAGUGAAGAUCAAGUAAGUUGAUAAUUGACAAAAAAUGUCGGGAGGUGAAAGGAAAAAACGUGGUGGUGAUAAAGGACAGGGCUGGGAGGAAGCUGGUGCUGAAUUUUAUCAAGAACGUUAUCCUGCAGCUGUAGAAGCUGAUUUGCAGCAAGCACUGCGUGACCCGUCCCACAUUGCUACUCUGUUGCCGAGUAAAAAGUCACGUGUUGCUACAGCUAAACGGAUAAGAAAUGAACCAAAGGCAACACUCAGAAGACGUACGAGCACGCGAUCACGAUGUGCUACCAGCACAGCACGACGUAUGUCAACAAAUGCGCCAAAUGUUGAUACCGCAGUAUCAAUGCUGCCCGAUUUAUCUGAAAAUUUAUCUAAUGAAGAACGUACUUGGGAGGAAAUAAUGCAGAUAAAAGCAAUGCCUGUUUGUAUGGCACAAAAGAUACUAUUGAAACGACAGCUACAGAAUGCAACGAAAUUAAGACUACAGGGUUUCGAGCAGCUAAAAUGGCAGCGCAGAAAAGCCUGGCAACAAUUCAAAGCCCGGUUGAAAGAAACUUACGCGAAAAUGGAACUUUGGAGCACGAGUUUUAAAAAAAUCGGCGGUAAUUUUGGCAUGGGAAUUGUUGCAUACUUUUUAUUUAUUAAGUGGCUUAUGUUUCUCAAUAUAACAUUAUUUAUUGUUAUAUUUUCGUUCAUAAUAUUACCAACAAUUGUGUUAAUUGACGAGCCAGAGCCCUGUACUGGCAACAAUACCUCUAGUGUGUCGUGCUCAUCAGAAGCUUAUUGGAAUUCCUCGGAAUCAGGAAACACAUUUGUUGACAUAAUGCAAGCACGUGGUAUUUUAGAACGUACAUUAAUAUUCUAUGGGGCUUACACUAAUCAAAUUUACGGUGAAAAUGGCAAUGGCUCGUAUUACAAUUUGCCGCUGGCUUAUAUAUUCACUAUAAUUGCCGUGACUUUGAUUAGUUUAGUCGCGAUAAUACGGUCUGCUGCCAAAGGCUUCAAGGAACGCGUAAUUGAGGGUGAGGGACAGUUUUAUCAGUACUGCAAUUUAAUUUUUGGCGGUUGGGAUUUUUGUAUACAAAAUGAAAAAGCCGCAGAGAUUAAACACAAAGCGCUUUACAAUGAGAUCAAAGCGUUUUUAGAAGCCGAGAGACUGGAGGAAGAACGACAAAAUCGUACGCGCGAAGAGAGAAUUAAAUUAUUUUUCGUUCGUUUGAUUGUUAAUUUAUUAGUUAUGUUAGUUCUGAGUGCAUGUGGUGUUUUUAUAUACUAUAUUAUUGAACUUUCGUUUGACAAAGUCGAAUAUCCAGUUUCAUCGCAAGCCGAUUCGUCCUCUUACAUAUCCAUUGAACGUAUUAUCCAAAUAAUAUACGAAUUUUUACCCUACUUCUGUAUUGUCGGAUUGAAUGUCGUUGUUCCUUUUCUAUUUCGUUAUCUAGUUGCUCUAGAGCACUACAAUCCGUUGUUCGUAGUAAGAUUAACCCUAUUUAGAAUUGUCUUCCUACGUCUUGCGUCGUUAGCCGUAUUGCUGACAAGUUUUUACAAAAAAAUAUCAAUUGACGAUACUGCUGAGGAUGAUCAGGAACUGCCACGACAUGUCAGCAAAACAAUUCAUCAUCGUCCUCAAUGCUGGGAGACUUUUGUCGGCCAACAAAUUUUUAAACUCUAUUUGACAGACUUUUUUACACAAUUUUUCGUAACAUUUUUUAUAAAUUUUCCCCGUUCGCUGAUUGCCCGUCACAGUGAAAAUAAAUUUAUACGUUUUAUCGGUGAACAGGAAUUUGAUUUGCCAAGACACAUUUUGGAUAUCGUUUACUCUCAAACAAUAUGCUGGAUUGGUAUGUUUUUCGUACCAGUACUGCCAUUUAUUUCAACAAUCGGCUGUUUCUUUUUGUUUUAUAUUAAAAAAUUUUCGUGUUUAGUAAAUAGUACACCUUCAAGUCAAGUGUAUCGAGCUAGUCGUUCAAACUCCAUGUUUAUGUUUGUACUGUUGGUGUCAUUUAUACUGGCGAUAAGUCCAGUGGCCUAUUCAAUUGCUGAAAUAGAACCAUCGAAAUCCUGUGGACCAUUUCGUGGCCUCAAUACUGUAUGGACACUUGUCAUACAAACUUUCUUACGUUUCCCCGAGUGGAUACAAAAGACACUAUUUUUUCUCGGCACUGCCGGAUUCGGAAUACCCGCGUUCAUUGCUCUUUCUCUGCUACUCUAUUACUAUUGGGCGGUUGCGGAUGCCAACAAACACAUGGUCGUCGUUCUUAAAAACCAACUGGUACUUGAAGGACACGACAAACAAUUUUUAUUGAAUCGUCUUAGCGCUUUUAUUAAACAGCAGCAAGAGCAAUCCAAGUAUCAAGACCAAGCUAUUGAAUUGAAUAAUUUUUCGUAAAUUAUUUUUUAAUACACUAGCUUUGUCUUUUUUUUUUAUUUUAAAUAGUAAUUAGAUUAUUUAUAAAAUAGAAAUAUGUGAAAAUGGUUGAUGUUAAUGUAAUGUGAGUUUUAAUAUUUCGGACGUACAGUGUAAAAAAAUUACGCGCCAUUCUUAGAAAAAGGAUAAAUUAGGAAAAAAAAUUUACACAUUAUAAGAACAUUCAAAAUUAAACGUGAUAAAAAUUAAACAAAACCUAUUUUCACACUAGAUUUAAUAACUAUUAUUUAUAAUAUUCAAUUGUAAAUAUUUAUUUAUUUGCCAGAUAGAC